GAGGAGCGGGGCUGACUCUGGAGGGUCUCACUGCACAUGCAGGAAGUUCAGCAGGGCACAAAGCCCUUGCUGUGGGUGUUCCAGUGCCCUGGGCAAACCUUCCCACGGCUGCUAGCACAGCAGAAUGAGUGGUGGUGCUCAAAAUAGCAGAACCAUGAAUACAGGGGUGCACAACUUCCCCAUCCCCUUUUUCCCACUGCACUUCCUGUGGGCAAUUCCUUCUUCCAUCAGGCAAAACCCAGCACUAGGACAUACAGCCCUUGGGAAUACCCCGAGUAGCUUUCUGGGAACUGGGAGCUGUGCUGGCGUGGGAAGCUGGGUUGCACAACGUCCCUUCCGCUGUGACACCCUUUAAACCCGCGCUCGUCCUGCCGUGCCCCUCCAGUCUGCGGAGGCAGCCGAGGUCAGCGAAGCAGGAGCAGCUAACAGAGGCUUUCUCCUGGCAAGCAGACGAGAUCCUUCCUUGGGGGCCGUGCUGGAGAGAGCCUGAAGAGGACAGGAGAGUGGCUGCAGCUGGAUUCUGGGUGGAAGGUGUGGAAGAGCUGCAUCCGGCUGAUAUCUGAGCAGCACCUGAGGCUUACCUGCAGCAGACACUGCCAGCCCACAUCCCCAGCAGCCAAGCCCUUUGCUGCAAGCAUGGACAUCGUGGAGAGGGUCCUCUCUGUGGCCCAGGCCAUCCAUGCCCAAUUCGAGCAGGUGAAGUGCUGUAAGCACCAGUGCCAGCGCCUCGUGGAGCGCAUCCAGAUUCUGCUGGAGCCUGUGAGGGUCCUUAGGGCUCAGCCACGACAGCACAUCUCCCACCAUGAAGAGGAACUGAUGAAAAAGCUGCUCCGGGCACUGGAGGAAGCCCAGAAACUGGUGAUGAAAUACAGCCAGACCAGCUGGAUCCAGAAGUUCCUGCGAGCCCGAAGUACUGGUGAGGAGUUUGUCUGGGUGAAUGAAAGCCUGGAGGACAUUGCCCAGGGGCUCUCACUCCUGCUGCAGGCAGAGCAGAAGCAAGCUUUCCUGGAAGCUUUCCAGUCAAAGACAUGUCGCAGGCAGGAUGCUGAGGACCUGAGGGAUGACAGAGCUUUCUUGGACCAGGUGCUUGCAAGUACUGAGGAGCCCAAAGAUGUGCUUGAGGAGAUCUACAUCGACAGGGACUGUAUGGAGAGCAAGAUGGACUGGAUGAAAAGUGAGCUGAACAAAGUCAUUCAUGAGAUGGAGCGCUUGAAGAAGGUCAACGUUGGUAAAAGAGUAGACAUCACUGAGAUCAAGCGAGACCAACUCACUUUCCACAGGCAAAUGCAGGACACAGAGAGCUACGACCUUUAUGAGGGCGAGUACCUCAAGUACCCUGUUGCCAUCAAAACCUUCAAGAGGCCACUGACCACUGACCCAGUCAAGGUGAGAGACAUCUUUGAGAAGGAGAUUCAGACCCUGAAGAAGUUUGAGUCUCCAAACAUCCUUCGCAUGUACGGGAUCUGCAUUGAGGACAACGAUGGGAGCCCCUGCUUCUCCAUCGUCAUGGAGUACUGUAAGCAUGGGACACUGCGGGAUGUGCUGAACAAGCAGCAGCACCUUUCCUGGGAUAUCCGCAUUCGGAUGGCCCUGGGAGCUGCCAGAGGCCUUUACAGGUUGCACCAGACAGGGGAGAAAUCCCGACUCCACGGUUGCAUCUGCAGCAGCAAGUUCCUGGUGGCUGGGGAUUACUGUGUGAAGCUGUCAGGAUUUGAGCUGUGUGAAACAGAAUCAUCCAUCAAGAGGAAAGCCAAGAAGGAUGGUAAACAAGUCUCUAUGUUGGCCUACAUCGCUCCAGAGAACCUGAAAGACAUCAACUACACUUACAAGAGGCCCUGUGAAAUAUACAGCUUUGGGAUUGUUCUGGCAGAGAUCGCAACCUCCAAAAUCCCAUUUGAAGGCUGCACUCCUGAGGAGAUCGUGGAGAAAAUCUGCAGCCACCAUUACUGGGACCCUCUUGGGGAAGAUUGUCCUGAAGUCCUGAGGAAAAUCAUUGAACAGUGCCAGGCCUUUGACCCUUCCCAACGCCCUUCUGCCGAGGAGAUUGUGGACUCGCUGGCUGACCUGGAGAAAAGCAGAAACCAAGGAAGUUAACUGUGGAAAGCGGGGCUGGGUGGCCAGGGGCAGCAAGCCCCGGGGUGUCCCUCGCCCCUCUUCCCCUCACACAGAUGAUGGUUCAAUGCU